AUGAUCGAUACCUGUCGCGAUUACUAUCGAGGCAAUCGAACGGUGCUCGCUAAAAUCGAUGAAUUUGAACGAACAUAUCAUAUUGAUAAUUCUAUUCGUUGGUAUACAAAAGAUACUUUUAUUUAUAAGCUGAUUAAUAAAGCGUUGAGAACCCAAGAUGUUGAACAAUUAUAUGUAUUUCGAUAUUACAUUACUGAUCUAUCUACAAGUCUCAACCGAGAAUACCGAAAUUCACGCUCUAGAGAAACCAUUUUUCUUUAUCGAGGAGCAACAAUGCCUCAUGCUGAAUUCGAGAAAUUAAAAGCAAAUAUAAAUCAUCUCAUAUCGAUCAAUGGCUAUUUCUCCACUAGUCGUUCACGAUCAGUGGCCGAAAUUUAUGUUGGUUCAAAUACAUCAGCAACAAACGGAGUUCUAUUUGAGAUUGAAUGUAAUGCCGAAAUGAAUGUCAUCUUUGCUGAUAUUUCAGAUUACAGUGAAAUACCCGACGAAGAAGAAGUCUUGUUUGAUCUUGGUGCUGCUUUUCAAAUAAUAUCUGUUACACAAGAUAAUCAACAAUGUCCACCGGUCUGGAUAGUAAAGAUGACGGCAAGCAACGAACGACAAAAUGCGGUCAACGAUUUCAUACGACAAUCCCGAGAGGAAGUGGAAGAUGAAAGUUCACCAAUUCUUUUUGGUGCUCUACUUAACAAAAUGGGUCACUAUGAAAAAUGCAUACGUUAUUUUCAGAAUCUACUUAGAGAUUCAACUGAGAAUACAAAUAUAGCACGAAUUUAUUUCCAUUUGGGCGAUGCAUACGAUAAUCACGAUGACUAUGAUGCUGCUCUCGAACAUUUUGAAACUGCUCAUGAAAUGGUACGAAAUCGAACAGAUGAACUUGGCCUCAAAGAAUUAGCAUACAUCUGGCUAUACAAAGGCAUUGUAUUGAAUCAUAAGGAGGACUUCACCGAAUCACUGGAAUAUAGUAAGACAGCGCUCAAAAGUUUUGAGAAAUAUUACGAUCCAUCGUCAAAUCAUCGUGACAUCGCCAGUUGUUUGUUUACCAUAGGUCAAAGCUACUUUGGCUUGUCGGAAUUUGGCUUAUACGAGGGAGCUCCUGCUCCAUGCCUUCUCGCUGAGAGUCUUCAUUAUCAAGAGCGUGCAUUGAGCAUGCAACAGGCAUGUUUACCCGUCGAUCAUUUUGACAUUACCCUAACAUCGGCUGAAAUGAGUAAAAUUCGUUACUUCAUGGAAGACAUUGAUGGAGCGAUAGAAUAUGGCAAAAAAGCACUCACCAUACUACGCAAAUGUUCACCAGCGGAUCAUUUGGAAACAGCCACACUUUCACGUUAUAUGGCAACCUAUUACUAUGAAAAAGGUGAUCUUAAUUUGGCUCUGGAUUAUUUUCAACAAUGUCUAAUCAUACAGAGAAAACGUCUACCGUCAGAACAUAUGGAAAUUGCUCGAACAGAACGGAAUAUCGCCAGAGUACUUGGUAACAUGGGUGAAACAGAACAAGCGUUACAGCAUUUGCGCGAAGGUCUACCUCUUUUUUCUCCGGAUGAUUUUACUAAAGAUCGGCUUAAAUAUUUGUAUUAUAUAUACGGUGACAAAAAAAAUUGUAAAUAA